CCAGCCAGCUGGGUGCAGCCGGGAAUAAUUGCUCCUCAGCUCUCUGUUUAUUGGGUGGGCAAGCAGCCGUGCUGUGGCUUACAAAGUUCAUCCUGUGGCUUCUCUGUCAAACCAAGGAGUGCUUCUGAAUGGAUUUCCUUUUAGAGACAGCACUUGCAUUCUAAAACUUGAGAAUUUGUGAUUCUCAUAUGUUUUUUUUUCCCCCUUUUCAUUUCUUUAACUCUUAUUUUGAUUGCAGCAGCAAGCUGCAGGGUAAGAGUCAAACCAGGAUCCAGGGACAUGUGCCAGGUUUGAGACCACACAUGGGACCAUUCCAGGCAUCACUGUGGGCCAAGCCCCAGGCAUCAGCCAUCAAUAAUUGCUAAAAACAGACGGAAAAGAGCAGGUCAGGAUAUUGCCUUCUAACACAAUCUCUAUUAAUCGUCCUGACCAGAAACAAGAGGAACAAGCUUGAGAAUCCCUCAGACCCUGAGGGAGAAAAUGAAGCGAUUGUUGCAAGAGUCAGAGGAAGAAAUCAUGGUCACCUUGGGAUCCUCCUCCAGGCUUUCCCCAGAUAAAAAGGCAGAGACUCUGUGUGGCAUCAAGAGCAAGUCCUCAGGCCCUGCCGGAACCUUGCCAGAGGACAGCUUCCUGCCCCCUCACUGUGGGCCUGUAGCCUCCGCCACUGGUGGGGAUACAGAUGGGGGCCUGGCCCAGCGUUGCAGCUUUGGGCAGCAGGCCAGCAGCCAGCUUCCUCUGGGCUCCACAGCCUGUGUUUCAGGGUCUGCCUCUCAGGACCUCUCAUCUGCCAGCAUUACCACAAGCUGUCCAGAGCCCUCAGAGAGGGAUCAAGCCAAGCCCCUCUUGUCCAGAGGCCUUGGCCAAGGCUGUCGCCACGAACAGCAAGAACCUUUGGGGGAUGUAGUGGACUAUAUCAUCAGAGAACUGCAGGGCAUCAGCCGUCUCCAAACUGAGAUUGCUGAGUUGCGACAGCACUUGAGCCAAGUCCGAGGUUCAGUGGAUGAGGUCUCUAGCUGUGUAGAUUCAGUUCUGAGUGAAAUAGAAGGCUUGCAUGUGGGCAGCAGUUCCCUGGCCAAAGGGUGUGUGGGGGGAAAGGCCCAGGAGCCCCAUGUGGACAGACCCAGCGAGGAAGCCAUUCUGUAUCUGUAUGGACUUCCUGAGCAAGAUGGGGAAAAUACCAUGGAGCUGGCUCACAACUUCCUGGCCAAGCACAUGUAUGUUAAUGGCAUGCAGUGCAAUAGGUUCAUUAAAGAGGCUUACCGAGCUGGCAGCGCCCCAGCUCCCAGGCCUACUGUUGUGAAGCUUGCCCAUCUAGAGCAUAGGGACCUCAUAUUGCAGAAAUCCAUCCUCUUGCAGAGUUUAGGGGUCCGGAUCACCACCAGAGAAGAACCAAGCCAGCCACCGUGCUCUAAGAAUCCCCCAAAGGGGUCUCUCUCAUCUUUGGAACAACAACUCCAGCAUCGUAAUUUGAAUUCUUUACACCUGGAUGAGCCAGUUUUUCAGGUGGAAACAGGGGACAGAGGACCAAUAACAGGAGCACAUCAAAUGAGGGCUCAGAAUCAACACAGAGAACCCCAGACCCCUGAAGAGCAAGGCCUUUGCUUCCCACCCAAGAAUGAUUUGGCAAAGCCAAGCAAUGAGUCUAAGCCAGGGGGUGAAGUCAGAGGAACAUUAGGAAACCCCCAGAUUCUCAGGGGCUCCUGCAAUGAAUUGACAGGAGGAGAAGCUUCUUUGUCCACCCUCCAUCAAUGUGAGGAACUUUCCCUAGGGUUAAUCUCGAAAGAGGAGGAUUCUGGGAAAUCCCAGGUUUUCAAACAGUGUAACCAAGGACUUGAAGCAUAUAAAACAGCAAAAACAGAAAACUGCAGUGACAAAAGUGAGACUGGCAGUUGCCUAUCACUGUCUGGGUUGCUGAAGACAGAGGACAAACUCCUGGCCUGUGAAGCUGGGUUGGAUAUUCUGAGCUCAAAGCAGCUAGAGGACCUCUUGACAGACAAGUCCAGAAGGUUUGCAACUCUGAGCUGUGACAGCCUAAUGGAGGAAAUCAGCAUUGGGCCCGAGACUUUCAAUGACCUGGUUCAUAUUGACUUGAAUGAGGAGGAGGAACAUUCCGCUCAGGUCCUCAAAGAUGUCUUGGAAAAGUCCUCUCACCUGGGUGGCUUGCAGGAGGAUGAAGAUGUAGAGAUCAAGUUUUACACGAGUAAACUGGGCCGAGCAAUUGACCACUUUCGUUCAGCUUUGCAGGGAGUGUUUCAGAAGCUGGAGAACAGUGGGUCCAUCACCCCUGAGGACCUUGAAAGUAUUGAGAGUGGCUCCCGGUCCGAAAACAGUGAUAGACUUCUUGGCACAGUGAGUUCAGAGGGUGCUCAGGAUUUCUCACUAGGGAGCCCCGGGAGUCAGGGGAGUGAAAGCAUACUCAGCGUGGUGUCUGGUGGAGUGGGCAUCUCUGCCCAGGGAGACCAGACCUCUCAGGAUCCCAGCAACUCCUCUCUGGCUUCCAGUAACUUGCCUCUUGCAUAUUCAUCGCCAGGGUUUGCUCUGGCUCCAUGUCUGGGAAGUGAAAGUUGUUCCAGGCCUGAAUCUCCCAAACAGGGCAGACUAAGCCUAGAGCAAGUGUGCACAGAGACCAUCUACCUCAGCAGAUGCAUCAGCAAUUUUAAAGAUGUUCUAAGAGAGAAAAGACUGAGGCAGAAAAAACUUAUACACGAGCUAGUACAGAAGACAGACCAUCUCUCAGUAGAAGACAUGCACCCAGAAGGAAAGCGAGGAGCCCUUCAGAUUCCAGAUGAUGGUGAUCCCAGUUUGCCCCAGUGGCUUCCAGAAGGGCCAGCUGGAGGGCUCUAUGGCAUUGACAGCAUGCCGGAUCUACGCAGAAAGAAGCCACUGCCGCUUGUCAGCGACCUGUCACUGGUCCAGUCCCGGAAAGCAGGCAUUACUUCUGCGAUGGCUACACGCACCUCUCUCAAAGAUGAAGAGCUGAAAUCACAUGUAUAUAAGAAAACCCUGCAGGCCUUAAUCUAUCCCAUCUCGUGCACCACACCCCACAACUUUGAGGUGUGGUCAGCCACCACCCCCACCUACUGCUAUGAGUGCGAAGGCCUGCUCUGGGGCAUUGCCCGGCAGGGCAUGCGCUGCAGCGAGUGUGGAGUCAAGUGCCAUGAGAAGUGCCAGGACCUGCUCAAUGCCGACUGCCUGCAGCGGGCUGCAGAAAAGAGCUCUAAACAUGGAGCGGAGGACCGGACCCAGAACAUCAUCAUGGCCAUGAAGGACCGCAUGAAGAUCCGAGAGCGGAAUAAGCCGGAGAUCUUUGAAGUGAUCCGGGAUGUCUUCAAUGUGAGCAAAGUCGCUCAUGUGCAACAGAUGAAAACUGUGAAGCAGAGUGUGUUGGAUGGCACCUCCAAAUGGUCAGCCAAAAUCACCAUCACUGUGGUAUGUGCCCAGGGCCUACAAGCCAAGGACAAGACAGGAUCCAGUGACCCUUAUGUGACUGUGCAAGUGGGCAAAACCAAGAAGCGUACCAAGACCAUUUUUGGAAACCUGAAUCCUGUUUGGGAGGAGAAGUUCCAUUUUGAGUGCCACAACUCUUCCGACCGCAUUAAGGUACGUGUGUGGGAUGAGGAUGAUGACAUCAAGUCACGAGUAAAGCAGCGGCUAAAGCGAGAGUCUGACGAUUUCCUUGGCCAAACCAUCAUUGAGGUUCGAACUCUGAGUGGCGAAAUGGACGUCUGGUACAACUUGGAGAAGAGGACAGACAAGUCAGCUGUCUCGGGGGCCAUCCGACUGCAAAUCAGCGUGGAGAUCAAGGGGGAGGAGAAGGUAGCCCCAUAUCAUGUGCAGUAUACGUGUCUCCAUGAGAACCUCUUCCAUUACCUUACGGACAUUCAGGGCAGUGGAGGAGUCCAGAUCCCUGAGGCUCGAGGAGACGAUGCGUGGAAGGUGUACUUUGAUGAGACUGCCCAGGAAAUUGUGGAUGAAUUUGCCAUGCGCUAUGGCAUUGAGUCCAUAUAUCAGGCCAUGACGCAUUUUGCAUGUUUGUCAUCCAAGUACAUGUGUCCUGGUGUGCCAGCAGUGAUGAGCACCUUACUGGCCAACAUCAAUGCCUACUAUGCCCACACAACUGCCUCCACCAAUGUCUCUGCAUCUGAUCGUUUUGCAGCCUCCAACUUUGGGAAAGAGAGAUUUGUGAAACUCCUGGACCAGCUGCACAACUCACUGAGGAUUGACCUCUCUACCUACAGGAAUAAUUUCCCUGCUGGGAGCCCUGAGCGACUUCAGGACUUAAAGUCCACAGUGGAUUUGCUGACCAGCAUUACUUUCUUCCGAAUGAAGGUUCAAGAACUUCAGAGCCCUCCAAGAGCCAGCCAGGUAGUAAAAGAUUGUGUGAAGGCCUGUUUGAACUCAACAUAUGAGUAUAUCUUCAACAACUGCCAUGACUUGUACAGUCGCCAGUACCAGCUGAAUCAGGAGCUGCCUCCAGAAGAACAGGGGCCCAGCAUUAGGAACCUGGAUUUCUGGCCCAAACUCAUCACACUCAUUGUGUCAAUCAUAGAGGAAGAUAAGAAUUCCUACACCCUCGUUCUGAACCAGUUUCCCCAGGAGUUGAAUGUGGGAAAAGUCAGCGCAGAAGUGAUGUGGCAACUCUUUGCCCAAGACAUGAAAUAUGCACUGGAGGAGCAUGAGAAAGACAGGCUGUGUAAGAGUGCUGACUACAUGAACCUGCACUUCAAGGUGAAGUGGCUCCACAAUGAAUACGUGCGGGAUCUGCCUGCCCUCCAGGGCCAGGUGCCCGAAUACCCAGCAUGGUUUGAGCAGUUUGUCCUGCAGUGGCUGGACGAGAAUGAGGAUGUGUCUUUGGAAUUCCUGCGUGGGGCCUUGGAACGAGAUAAGAAGGAUGGGUUCCAGCAGACAUCAGAGCACGCACUCUUCUCUUGCUCUGUGGUGGAUGUCUUCACACAGCUCAAUCAGAGCUUUGAGAUCAUCCGGAAAUUGGAAUGCCCAGACCCCAACAUCCUUGCCCACUACAUGAGGAGAUUUGCUAAGACCAUCGGGAAGGUGCUCAUGGAAUAUGCAGACAUCUUAUCAAAGAACUUCCCAGCUUACUGCACAAAGGAGAAAAUGCCUUGCAUCCUGAUGAACAACAUGCAGCAGCUGAGGGUGCAGCUGGAGAAGAUGUUUGAGGCCAUGGGAGGCAAGGAGCUGGACCCUGAAACUGCAGACAGUCUGAAGGAGCUUCAGGUGAAACUGAAUACAGUUUUGGAUGAGCUCAGCAUGGUGUUUGGAAACAGUUUCCAGGUGCGGAUUGACGAGUGCGUGCGACAAAUGGCUGACAUCCUGAGCCAGGUGCGGGGCCCAGGGAACGCGUCCCCCAACACAAGGGCCUCGGUGACUCAGGAUGCAGACAGUGUGCUCCGGCCUCUCAUGGACUUCCUGGACGGCAACCUCACACUUUUUGCCACUGUGUGUGAGAAGACGGUCCUGAAGCGGGUACUGAAGGAGCUCUGGCGGGUGGUAAUGAACACAAUGGAAAGGAUGAUUGUUCUGCCUCCACUUACUGACCAGACGGGCACCCAGCUGAUCUUCACUGCUGCCAAGGAGCUGAGCCAACUUUCCAAACUCAAGGACCACAUGGUGCGAGAGGAAACACGGAAUCUGACUCCAAAGCAGUGUGCUGUCCUUGACCUCGCCCUGGACACCAUCAAGCAAUACUUUCAUGCCGGAGGCAACGGGCUGAAGAAAACCUUCCUGGAGAAGAGCCCAGAUCUGCAGUCCCUGCGCUAUGCCCUAUCUCUGUACACACAGACCACAGACACCCUCAUCAAGACCUUUGUGCGCUCACAGACUGCCCAAGGGUCCGGUGUGGAUGAUCCUGUGGGAGAAGUCUCUAUUCAGGUGGACUUGUUUACACAUCCUGGAACUGGGGAGCACAAGGUCACAGUGAAAGUGGUGGCUGCCAAUGACCUCAAGUGGCAGACGGCAGGUAUGUUCCGGCCCUUUGUUGAAGUCACCAUGGUUGGCCCUCACCAAAGUGAUAAAAAGAGGAAGUUCACAACCAAGUCAAAAAGUAACAACUGGGCUCCCAAGUACAACGAGACGUUUCACUUCCUCCUGGGAAAUGAAGAGGGGCCAGAAGCCUAUGAGUUGCAGAUAUGUGUGAAGGAUUACUGCUUUGCCCGGGAGGACCGUGUGCUGGGGCUGGCUGUGAUGCCUCUGAGGGAUGUGGCAGCCAAGGGCAGCUGUGCUUGCUGGUGCCCCUUGGGCCGGAAGAUCCACAUGGAUGAGACAGGCGUGACCAUUCUCCGGAUUCUGUCUCAGAGGAGCAAUGAUGAAGUGGCCCGGGAGUUUGUGAAGCUCAAAUCGGAGUCUCGUUCCAUGGAAGAGGGGAGCUGAGCACCCAGGCUCCUGUGCCAACCAGAGGGCACCAGUUCCACAAGCCAGGGAUAAUGGGAGUUACUACAUAGUCAUCUUAGAUCCUCAGUCAAGAGGCUGAUUCAUUCAGUUAGGAAAGUGUAAGGGAAAAUCUGGUGAUGCGAGUGUGGCUUUUCACAGAAGGGGUCCGAAUCCUUGACCAGCAGGUCUGUGGUGCUAGGAGCUGGGCUAUGGGGCUUACCACACAGGGAGAUUUUUUCAUGGAGGGGAAGACAUUUCUGAGAGUGUCAGCCAUUCUUGGUAGAGAUCCUUCCACUCCCACACCCCUUUUCUCCCCCUCUCCAUACCACACCUAAUCCAGUUAGAUCCAUAUGUACCAAUCAUUAGAGGAACACGUUUAGAGGGCCUGGAGCUUUUGCCUAAUUAGGUAAGUAAUCCGUUGAGUCUACAGGUAAUUCCUGAGCCCUGUAGUCUGAACUGGAGUAUGGCCAGAGCAGGAACACACAGAAUAGAAUGCAGACCAUCCCUUGAGCAGAACCCAGCAGUGUAGAGUAGCUCAAGUGAGUACAGGGCAUUGAGACUGAACAAGAUACCUUUCAGCAAUGAGCUAUGCUAAUCCCUUCCCCCAGAUUAGCUCUCAUGAGUAGAACCAGGUUCACAUGGUGCUUCAGAGGCCUGAGCAGAAUUUCUUUGGAACCCAAGCACCAGGGGCCACCUGCCCAGGAGUCUCCCUACCUCACUCCUUUAGGAAGGGGAGUGAUGCUUCAGGACAUGAGAGGCUCUUAAGUAUACAUAUCUGAGAGCUAGCUGAAGAAUCCAGGAGAGAGGGCUUCUUCAUAGAUAAGCCCUGAACAAAGCCAAAAAUUGUGGAAAUCAGUCUAGAAGGAGUCCUAUUCAGCUAUGGCCACUGCCUUCUGGUGGUCCUUCCCCUUGCAGACAGAAUCCAGCUUUUGUCCUCACUCCCUUUCAUUUAGGUCAGCUGCUCUCCCCCUCAUAAACCAUUCAACUCUACAGAAGGAACUUAGACUGUGAUCCCUCCGUACAGGCUAGAUUGGGGGUGGAGGGAUGGGGAGCAGAGGGGGAGGGGGGCUCAACACUCCCGGGGAGUUGUGCACUUCCCAGGCCCUUGCCCACAGAUGUGACAUGAUCCUUCAGUAUCCUCAUAGCAGCCUCUUGGACUUCUUGAGGACUCUGCAUUAGCCAUUACAUGAAACAAGAAACGAAGCAUCUUUGCUGUUUUAAAUUGUAUGUGCCAUUGUCACAAGAAAUUAUUGACUAGUCUGUAAUAAAUUAUCUUGUAGCAGCC